AAACGUUACUUAGGGACACAGAAUUGUUACUCAGGGACAGCCACAGAAUUGUUACUUAGGGACAGACACAGAAUUGUUACUGAGGGACACAGAAUGUUACUGAGGGACACAGAAUUGUUACUGAGGGCCACAGAACUGUUACUUAGGGCCACAGAAACGUUACUUAGGGACACAGAAUUGUUACUUAGGGACAGACACAGAAUUGUUACUGAGGGCCACAGAUCUGUUACUUAGGGCCACAGAAACGUUACUUAGGGACACAGAAUUGUUACUUAGGGACAGACACAGAAUUGUUACUGAGGGACACAGAAUUGUUACUGAGGGCCACAGAACUGUUACUUAGGGGACAGAAACGUUACUUAGGGACACAGAAUUGUUACUCAGGGACAGACACAGAAUUG